AUGGCUACAGUCACCAAAGGACAGCUGUCCUUCAGGGAUGUGGCCAUAGAAUUCUCUGAGGAGGAGUGGGGAUGCCUGGCCCACUCUCAGCAGGAACUGUACAGGGAUAUGAAGCUGGAGAAGUAUGGACACCUCCUCUUCUUGAGUCUCCUUCUGUCAAAGCCAGUCCUGAUCAUGUUUUUGGAGCAAGAGAAGCAGCUCUGGGAUGUGAACAGAAAGGAGACUGUAGGCUUCCAUCCAGAUGGGUAUUAUUUGGAAGAGAAGAGAGACUUGGAAGUGGAGGAAGCCAAGACAGACUCUGUUAGACAGACAUGCCUCCAGGAGCUGGGCACUUGCCAUAAGCUUUCUGUUGCAGACUGUCCCUGCAACCAUGGCAACCGGAUAGAUGUUGUACCACUGUUGCUCUUUACUUCACUGGAGACCCUCACAAGUGGCCCUAUGGCUGAUGGUCGGAAGCAUCCUAAAGUCAAACCUUCCAGGUACAUUGACUUUGUGAUCUACACUGCAUGUGACUGUAGAUCUCUGCCAGACCUUUGCAUUUGGCCCUAUGGCCGAUGGUUGGCAGAUCUUAAAGUCAAACCUUCCAGGUACAUUGACUUUGGUAUCUACCCUGCAUGUGACUGUACAGCAGUGCCAGAGCAGUGUGUUUCUGUCAGCAAAAGCUCCAGUCAGAUAUUCAAACAUAGUUAUUCGUGGAUAGACCAUUUGGCAGAUCUGGAAGGUAACCUAGUCCAUGCUGAAGAUAAUGAUUUGAGCCAUUUGGAAAAUAGGACUGGCCUGACCUUAAAUCAGAGAUUUAGAAAUGAAGAACAAAGUGCUCAGUGGGAUCCAUAUGAGAGGCGCUUCACUGAGGAGUCAACCUUCCAGAAUGACCAGAGGCUUUUCACUGGAGACAUAAUUAUUCAAUGCACUGCAUCUCAGAGAACAUUGAACCAGGGCUCCAGUGUUCACCGAUGUGUCAAGGCUUGGUUUACAGGAAACCAUUAUGAAUGUGAUAAAUGUGGGGAAGGCUUUCAUCCAAGCUGUAACCUCAGUGUCCAUAAUGGUCACCACUUGGGAGACAGUCCUCAUAAAUACAAUGAAUGUGGGAAAGCUUGUAACCAGUCCUCUAGCAUUGGUGAUCAUCAGAGAAUUCAUGAGGGAAAAAAUGCAUUCAGUUCUAAUAAACCGGGGACCAUGUUUAGUCAGUCAUCAAGCCUAAACAUCAAUGAGAUAAUCCCUUGGGGAAAGGAAACUUACAUUUUUAAGGAAUGUGAAUGUCAAGAAUGUGGCAAGACUUUUAACAAUCACUCAGGUCUUAAUAGACAUCACAGAAUUCAUAAUAGAGAGAAACCUUACCAAUGUCAUGAAUGUGGCAAGAGCUUUAACAAGCACCCAGCCCUUAUUCAGCAUUGCAGAAUUCACAGUGGAGAGAAACCUUACCAAUGUCAAGAAUGUGGAAAAGCCUUUUGUGACAGGUCAACCCUUACUCAACAUCACAGAACUCAUACUGGAGAGAAACCUUACCGAUGUCAAGAAUGUGGCAAGGCCUUUACCUGGAAGUCAAAUCAUUCUCGGCACCACAAAACUCAUAGUGGAGAGAAACCUUACCAAUGUCAAGAAUGUGGCAAGGCCUUUUGUGACAGGUCAGCCCUUACUCAACAUCACAGAACUCAUACUGGAGAGAAACCUUACCAAUGUCAGGAAUGUGGCAAGGCCUUUAACCAUAGCUCAGUCCUUGCUAAACAUUACAAAAUUCAUACUGGAGAGAAACCUUACCAAUGUCAAGAAUGUGGCAAGGCCUUUUGUGACAGGUCAUCCCUUACUCAACAUCACAGAAUUCCUACUGGAGAGAAACCUUACCAAUGUCAGGAAUGUGGCAAAGCCUUUAACCACCGCUCAGUCUUCGCUAAACAUUACAGAAUUCAUACUGGAGAGAAACCUUACCCAUGUCAAGAAUGUAGCAAGGCCUUUAUACACAGCUCAAACCUUACUCGGCAUCACAGAAUUCAUACUGCAAAGAAACCUUACCAACGUCAAGAAUGUUGUUAG